AAAAACACAAUAAAUGUUAUAACCAAAAAUAAUUGAAAAAAGUAGCUCGAGAGGAGUUAGAGAAGUAGAGGAAGAAGAAAUUUGCUACUUUACCCAAAAUCCCUAACCACAUAAACCCCAUCAAAAAAGAAAAGAAAUAUAAAAAUAAAAAUGAGAGCUUUAGAAGUAUCGAAGAUCUCUGUUGUUGUUUCGUUGCUUCUUCUCUUCUCAAUCUUCAUCAGUUCCAGUCCCCAGGUAAAUGAGGUGUCACCAUCAUCAUCUGAAGGAGAGAUGAAGAUGAUGCCAUUGAUGGAGGAGAAGUUUAUGGUGAUGAAUGAAACAAGAAGGAAGCUUGGGAGUUUUCAGAUAUGUUCAGUUUGUACUUGUUGUGGUGGUGCUAAAGGUCUUUGCUUGCCUUCACCUUGUUGCUAUGCAAUUAACUGCAACAUCCCUAAUAGACCUUUUGGUUACUGCUCUUUCACUCCCAAAACUUGCAAUUGUUUUGGCUGCCAUAUCUGAGAUCUCUCUUCUUUCAUUGCUAGAGAAUGGUGUGAAUCUGAAUCUUGAUUCAUCUGCAAGUGUGAAAGAGAAGAAUAUCUGUUCUUUGUUUGGUUCUUUUUUUAUUUUUGUCUAUAAUUUUAUUUUGAGUCUUCAUUAAAUUUCAUUACCUACUAUCUCAGCAACAUCAUCAUCCUCAUUAAUUAAAUGGUCUUUUUCUGCAUUUUUAAGGGUUUUUUUUUUUGAGAAUCUAGUUCACACUUCAAGCAAGAUUUUGUGCUUUUUUUUUUCUUCUCUCUUCAAUCAAUUCUCUAUCUGUCUUUCUUUCUUUUUUUCAUUCUCUUGUUUGCUUAUGUGUGUUAAGAAUUUAGCAUAUUUUGGAAAGAGUCAUUUUUUUGGUUAAGCUGGCAAUUAGGUUUAAUAUUUAAUGUGGUGAUGAUGAUGGUGUUGAUGGUGAUGGUGAUGGUGGUGAUAAUGAAGCUAUUAAAGUUUUUUAAGUCUUUGUAAUGAGUGAUAUGUUAAGAAAAAAUAUUGGAUCAAGUAUUAGUGCUCUGUUAUGAUCUGAUAAGAUCUAAGUGUUUCUUUUAGUUUUAAAAUAGAGAGUAAAAAAAGAAAAAAGAAACAAUUAUUCAUCUUCAAGUGCAGAGAGAGAGAGAGACUAGACAAUGUCUUUGGAUAUGUUUUUAUUUUAUUCACAGUGCAAAAGAGACACUGUUAUUAUUGUAAGAGAUGUUUUAAAUCAAAUGUUUGUUCCAACUCUC